AUGGAUGAGUUGAGUAAUGACAGAACAAAGUCCUUUGAAGAGACUUUGGGUACUAUAUUACCUUCAUAUUCAAUGUACACUUCAACUAUAGGGAUGGGAGUUAACGUGCCUCAAAGUUUAGAGUCUCGAGAUUUACCACCUCCGCCCGAUUAUCUAGAUUCAAGAUCUGAGAGUGAACCUAGUAUAUAUUCAGGAGGUAAUACGGCUACAGUGGUCUCUUCUUCCACCUCAACAUUGUCUGGUAAUGGUAGGAAUGGUGGUGGUACAAAUAGCGCUAUGAUUGUUGCUGAUGAAAGUACCAAUACAUGGGAGGAGACAAUCUUGGACAAUGUUCAUCAAAUACCCAACAUGACUUUUGAAGACCAUGAAAUCUCCAAAGCUGUUCAAAUCGAGAUCUAUUACACAAAGGAUAUAGGCGAGAUCAACAAAGUACCAGAGAUGAUUGACCCGUCACUCUAUGAGUACAAGCAAGGAGACUUGCUAAAUGGCUACAUCAUCAUACGCAACACUUCAAACAAGCCCAUACCGUUUGAGAUGUUUUACCUACUGUUUGAAGGAAACUAUAUGAUUGCAAAUCAACAACAUCAUACCGAUCGUGUACCCGUUAAGAUUAACAAAUUCUUGGAAAUGUUUGACUUUUCGGGAAGUUGGAACGACGCUCAUAUCAAUCGGCUUGUAAAUGAGUUUGAAAAUCCUUAUCAAUGCUGUAGGCAAAACCAUAUUGAUCCUUUGGAUGGGUGCUACUUAUAUUUUGGACUCAAGCGCGAAAUACUUCCAGAAAGAGUAUACAAGCGGUUUUUUUCAUUCAAGAUUCCUGGUAAUUUACUAGACUCUCAAUGCGAUGAGCAUAACUUAUCUAGCCACUUGGAGUUACCACCGACUAUUGGGUUGUCGAGGUGGGAAAUAGCGCAUUUUCCCGAGCGGGAGAAGAACAAGAUUUUUGAUUUUUCAAUAAUUGAUACGUCGAUAAGUUAUGGAGUUAUGGCUAGAUUUAUAGGUAGGAAAUCUACUUGGGAAAAGGAUUUUGGAAAACUCGAACCUUCAAGAGAACGAUGUAAUGCCAAAUUGGUCAAUUCAAAGGGAGAUGAGUAUAUUAUAUUGAAAGAAUUAACAAACUAUGUUAGAGUUAUACCUAAAACCAAGACUUUAACUGAGAGCGAAAAGUUGAUGAAGAAAGUAGAGACUAAACUAUUAUUUGAAAAUUUACAAAACAGAAUAAAUGAAAAGAUUGAUGUUGCAAAUAGGAUGCUCAAGUCAAUUGAGGAGAAUAAUUUUGAAUCUAUUACAAAUCUCAGUUUUGAGUUAUCACAGCAGGAAUUGGAAACUGCAAAGUUGAAACAACAAUAUAAAAGGGAAGCUUGUUCUUCAAUCAUUGAUAUGAAGAUGAAUUUAAAGAAAAAGGAGAAUUACCAAGUUUGUUUGCCAGUUGUCAAGAGGUCAUUUACAGGUAUCAAUAAACAUUUGGGCGUUUUGCGAAUCACAACCCCUAAACAGGAACACCAUGUUUGUUACAUUCCACCACAGAGAUUUUGUACUACUGCAAUUGAUAAGUCACUUCCUAGUUGGCAAUUGAGUUUCCCAGUGCACUUGUCAAUGGAAGGUGUCGCAACCUCAAAUGAUAAGCCAUUCAAGCCUCCAACAAUAAAGGACAUACAAGUCGAACUUGCAGUCCAUACGAUGAGAUCAAUGACACACUCAUUAGCAGUAGAAUUUGAUCAUGACUCAAUAUACAACAAGAAACCCAACAAUACAAAACCAUUUCUCGAUACUGAUACUUUUAAACAAAAUGUUAUAAAGCCUUUUCAGGGACAGUCUACUGAACUAUACCACCUGCUCAAAACUCUUGGAUCUGGCAAUUUCAAGAUUGAAAAACAGCUAGUACAAGAUUUAAAAGCAAUUUGUCACUUGGAGGAAAAAUCAAUAAACUUGGUAGUUGAAGAGUUGAAAGUGAAUGGGAAAAAGUAUACCUCAAAAGUUGGGCUAUUUUGGUCUAUUACUCCAACAAGUGAGACUCGCAACACUUUAGUCACAGCAACUACAUCGUUUGAUUUAUCAAUAGAUUUGACUAAAUUGUCACUAAAGGGGCUGCUGCCUUCCUCGGUUCCAUCAUAUAAGAGGUUUAACUUGGUGCCUUCUUUUCAGUCUUGUUUUAUGGCACGAUUCUAUUUUUUAACGUUGACAAUUACAUUAUCCCAAAAUGACUGCGCCAGGAUUAAAAUACCUGUAAUCAUAGAAAAGCAAUAG